ACCGAGACACAGAGACAGACUGAAGAGGGAGUCUGCUGGAUCUGGUUCUGAGGUUCUGCUUGGAGGUCUGGAUCAUGGUGGAACCAGCAUCGAAACCUGCCGCUGUUCUACUGCUGUGUCUUCUGCACAGCUGCCUGACAGACCAUGGUACCGGAGCCGGAGCGGAGCCGGUCGGGCCACAAUAUUUUACUGACAGUGAAGUCUUCCUGGGCAGCCAGGUGGCCUCGCAGGUUCUGGUCCGGAACAGACGGGCCAAUCAGCUGUUUGAGGAGGUGAAACCAGGGAACCUGGAGAGAGAGUGUAUUGAGGAAAUCUGUGACCAUGAAGAGGCCAGAGAGGUGUUCGAACAGCCGGAUAAAACAGAAACCUUCUGGGCCAAGUACCUGGACUGUAAAGGAACUGUAAUGAGUAGAACCCAAGACAACAUCGACACAGUCAGACAGUGUAUAGAAGGUCAAUGUAUUUUCAGUAAGGGGUUGAACUAUGAAGGAAAUGUCAACAUCACAAAAUCAGGGAAACAGUGUCAACACUGGAGGCACAGCUUCCCCCAUCCCAUCAUGAGGGAGUUUAACAUCUCAGAGCAGCAGAACAGCAACCUGGAGGAGAACUUCUGUCGUAACCCUGACAACCGUCCGGAGGGACCCUGGUGUUUCACCCAGGACCCAACGGUCCAGAAAGAGACCUGCAGGGUGCCGAUAUGUGGUGAGGUCUUUGUCCCGCCCACUGUGGCACCUGCCCCGGUCCAAACCGGCCAGUGUUUACGUAACUUUGGCGUAGACUACAUAGGCGACCGUGACGUUAGCAUGGGAGGCCACACCUGUCUGCAGUGGGCGUCACCGCAGGCCACGGCCCGCAGCCGGGACAAGGAGUUCAUCCCAGAGGUCAGCCUGCAGGGGAACAAGUGUCGUAACCCUGACAACGACCCCGAGGGCCCCUGGUGCUACGUGGAGGUAUCUGGAAAUGUGACCGUGGACUACUGUGACCUGCAUCUCUGUGAGGACCAGUUGCUUGCUGACCUGUUGACAACAGAGACUGGAGGGACGGAGCGCUCUGUCCUGGGUCCCACCAGGAAAACCUUUUUCAAUCCUCGCACCUUUGGACAAGGAGAGAGUGAGUGUGGACUGCGCCCCCUGUUUGAAAAGAAGGGUAAAAAGGACACGAAGGAGGAAGAGCUGUUGGAGUCGUACAGAGACAAACGCAUCGUUGGGGGUGACGACGCCGAUGUGGCCUCAGCACCAUGGCAGGUGAUGCUGUACAAGCGCAGCCCCCAGGAGCUGCUGUGUGGAGCCAGUCUGAUCAGUGAUCAAUGGAUCCUCACCGCCGCUCACUGCAUCCUCUACCCGCCCUGGAACAAGAACUUCACCAGCAAGGACAUACUGGUCCGCCUGGGGAAACACAACAGAGCCAAGUUUGAGCGCGGCACCGAGAAGAUCGUGGCAAUUGAUGACAUCAUCGUCCAUCCCAAGUACAACUGGAAGGAAAACCUGAACCGUGACAUCGCUUUGCUGCACUUGAGACGGCCAGUCACAUUCACAGAUGAGAUCUUCCCCGUCUGCCUGCCCAGCAGGAAGGUCGCCCAGACCCUGAUGACAGAGGGCUAUAAGGGCCGAGUGACCGGUUGGGGGAACCUGAAGGAAACCUGGAACCCAUCAGCAAGAAAUUUACCCACGGUCCUCCAGCAAAUCCACCUGCCAAUCCAGGACCAGGACACCUGCCGCAGCUCCACAUCAGUCAGGAUCACAGACAACAUGUUCUGUGCUGGUUAUAGACCGGAGGACGCCAAGCAUGGUGACGCCUGCGAGGGAGACAGUGGUGGACCAUUCGUGAUGAAGUACCCGGCAGAAAACCGCUGGUAUCAGAUGGGCAUCGUGUCGUGGGGCGAGGGCUGCGACCGGGACGGAAAGUACGGCUUCUACACUCACCUGUUCAGGAUGAGCAGGUGGAUGAGGAAAGUUAUUGAAAAGGCAGGAAACGACGACUAAACACAAGCAUUCUUCACUUCCUGUUGUUGAUGCUAAUAAAGUCUGUUCCUUACCACC